UAUUGUUUGCUUUGUAUGUGUCCUCUUGCUUAACAUCGGUGCAGAUGGUAUUGACGCCUCAGAUGGGCCAUACGCGCUACAUCUUAAUGGCUUUUUCAUUGGCCACUGUUCUCAGAACACCAGCAUUAGCCUCCUACGAAACCCGUCUUCGAUUUUUAAAGCGUAUUGAAGGCGAAGCUAUUUCGAACCCCUUACAAAGUCUAUUCGGACUCUCCGAAUCGCAAAUUCACGAUGAGCUCAAUGCCAGUAAUCACGAGAUCAGAGCAACUCUUCCACAACCUUUCCACGACAUUCUCGACAUCCCACCCGAAGAGCGCCACCUACCGGAUGGAAUGACUAUCUAUGACAUCUUAGAGAUGCCGGCAAUGAGUGAAGCUAACCUGAGACGUAUUGCGUUUUCCCGGGUCAUGCCAACUCAUAUUCCGAACAUCAGUGAAGAGAAUAUAAUUGAGGUGACGGAAGAGGAACGUUUUCUCAAAGUCAUUAAGCGACAAGAGAGCGAUUACGUUAGAGCUUGUGCAGCCAGCAGCGGCUGGGUCCAGGUCAACGACGGCAUCACGGUGGAGAAUGAAUUCGUGGAGGUCAGCCGGGGACAGUUCUUCUUUCAAACCACGUGUUUGCACAAUGGCGGCGCCUGCUACGGGUACCCCACGCCUUCGACCGCUACGGCAGAUCGCCUCUCCAAGUGCACCACCCUCAAGUCCUGGGUCAUAGCCUGGGCAAAGGUCAGAGGGGACACCGAGUUCGGAUGGAGGCAUAUUGCGCUUGCUACCUGUUGCGCAUGCGCAGUCAAAGGCAAGCCCGGAGACGGCAUGACCGAAGAAGCGUCCGAUGGGGCUUAGAGAUUUCCUUUGGAACAAUUUCAUUUGUUUAUGAUGUUAUGGAAUUUUUUUAAAAAUACAGUUGGAGUUGUUAUAUCUAGUUUGGAAUAUAUCUUUAUAUAUCUUGCAUGGAUAAUCGGCUUAUGCUAGAAGUGGUCAUAUAUUUAUUGAAAUGCAUUAAUUUACUGUCUGUUGUUCAUGUUCAUGACUCUGAAUUCGGUAGACCAGAGCCAUCUAUAUACAUGGGUCACAACAUGGCGUAUAUUCUUUUGUUUUGUGCUUGCCCAACAAAGCAGUAGUCGCUAUGUUGUGUCCAACCCCAACCGGGUUGGCCAAGCUCUGUGUAUAGAUGGCUCUUCGGUAGAAAGAAACACACUGCCCUCUACGAAAGUUUUACGUCAUCACCGCUUUUAUCAAGCAGAAUAAUACAUGUAUAUUCGCCUGUUUGCAUGAAGCGUUACUAAUGCCAGUAUAAUAGCUUAACUGAAGCUCACUAUUACCAUUAUAAUUCAUGAAUAUGCAUGGUUGCUAAUUUUCUCUGAUGUAUUUA